ACCCGGCGGGACCCCCCCCGCGGCCGGGGCAGCCCCCCCAGAUGAGGAGGGGCUGGGGGGGGGCGGCCCCAGCGAUGGGGAGGGGGCUCAGGGAACCCCCCCCGGGGGCGGCAGCGGCGCCAAGGGGCUGCCAGGCCACGCCACCAAGACCCUGCCGGGCUCCCCAGGCCGGGGGGGCGCGGCGGUGACCAGCCCAAUUCUGGGGGGUCUCCUCCGGUGGGGGGUCUCCCCCCGCCCCCCACCCCCAGCCGAGCCAAAAUGUCCCUGACGGGGGCGGGGGGCGGCAAAACCCCCCCCGGCCAGAGCCUGGCCCUGCGGCUCCUCACCCUGCCCGGCUCCGGGGGGGCGCCUGCGGGUCGCCCCCCACCCCCUGAACCCCCCCAGAACCCCCCGGACCCCCCCCCAAACCCCCCCGAGCCCCCCAAAAUCCACCGGGCUCGCAAGACCAUGGCCAAGCCCAGCAACGGGCAGGUGCCGGAGAAGCCGAGGAUGUCGGAGAUGCUGCACUUCAGGGUGUCCGAGGAGCUCUGCGGGAUGGGGCAGCACCACGACCACCCCAAACGCCCCAAGUUGGAUUUUGGCGCCGAGGGGCUCCACAAGCGCCUGCAGCAGCGCCCCAGCCCCCGCCAGCACCGAGAUCACGGUGACCGAGGAGAUGGCCGCCCCGCCCCGGGACUGGGACUCCGAGGGGGGAGGGGGCUUCUCCCUCUUCUAUGACGGGUUCAGCGUGGACGGGCACGGGGACUCGGACAGCAAAUCCGAGGGGGAGGUGCCGGGCGAGGCCCUGAGCGAGGAGGAGGAGGAGGAGGAGGAGGAGGAGGAAGAAGAGGACGAGGAAGAGGAGGAGGAGGAAGAGGAGGAGGAGGAGGAGGAAGAGGACGAAGAGUCCGGGAACGCCUCG